AUGCGAAAGGAAACGCUGACGCACUCGCACACGUUCGGCAGCCCCGCGAGCGAGCGGUCGCUCACGCGGCGCGACCUCCAGCACGCGACGCGCAUCGUCGUCAAGAUGGGCACGAGCGUCGUGUCGACGCUGGGCGAGCCCGCGCUCGGCCGCAUCGCGUCGAUCGUCGAGCAGGUCUGCACGCUCAAGCGCGAGGGCAAAGAGGUGCUGCUCGUCACGAGCGGCGCGGUCGGCAUUGGCCGCAAGCGCCUGAACAAGCAGAUUCUGCUCUCGGCCUCGCUGCGCACGCACGUGCAGGGCAACCAGCAGAUGCUCGCGCUCGAGAAGAAACAGGGCGCGAUGGCGGCCGCCGGCCAGAUCGGCCUCAUGUCGCUCUACGAGACGCUCUUCUCGCUCUACGAUGUCGCGUGCUCGCAGGUGCUCGUCACGGCGUCGGACUUCAAGACGGCGCAGAACCGCGCGAACAUGCGCGACACGAUGCUCAACCUGCUCGAGCUCGACGUCGUGCCCAUCGUGAACGAGAACGACGCCGUAAGCGCCUCGCCCGAUGGCACGGUCUUCACGGACAACGACUCGCUCGCGGCGCUCGUGGGCGGCGAGAUCGACGCCGACCUGCUCCUGCUGCUCACGGACGUGGACGGGCUGUUCACCAAGCCACCCACGCAGCCCGGCGCGCGCGUCGUGUCGGUCUUCCGGCCCGAGCACGCGGCCGUGUGCAUCGGCGACAAGUCGAGCGUCGGCCGCGGCGGCAUGGGCGCCAAGAUCCACGCGGCACAAAAAGCCAUUGCCCAGGGCGUGAACGCGGUCGUGAUCGCCAGCGGCUUCCGCUACGGCGUCGUGGGGUCCAUCAUGAAGGGCGCGAGCCUCGGCACGCUGUUUGUCGCGAACCCCGGCCGCGCGUCGCCCGAGUGCAUGUCGGCCGAAGAAAUGGCCACUGCCGCGCGCGCCGGUGGUCGCCAGCUCCAGGCGCUGACGUCGGCCGCGCGCGCGGACAUCUUGCGCCGCAUUGCGCACGACUUGGAGCACGAGACGAGUGCGAUCUUGCAGGCGAACCGGAAAGACCUCGUGGCCGCGCAGAAAGCAGCGACGGACGAGGCGCUCGUUGCGCGGCUGAAGCUCUCGGACGAGAAGCUCAAGGUCUUGGCGGACGGCAUCCGCAGCAUUGCGGACGCAGAGGAACCCAUUGGCCGGAUGCUGAACCGCACGGAGCUCGCGUCGGGACUUGUCUUGCAUCAGGAAACCGCUUCGAUCGGCGUGCUGCUGGUCAUUUUCGAGAGCCGACCCGACUCGCUACCGCAGAUUGCUGCGCUGGCACUGCGCAGUGGCAACGGGCUGCUGCUCAAAGGUGGAAAAGAAGCUCUUCACAGCAACGCUGUCUUGCACCGGAUCAUUGUGAAUGCCGUGGCGGAGACCACGCGCGGCCAGGUGACGAAAGACGUUGUCGGACUUGUUACUUCUCGCGAGGAAAUCGCUGACCUCCUGUGUCUGGACGAUGUGAUUGACUUGUGCAUCCCGCGUGGCUCGGGGUCCAUGGUGAGUUACAUCAAGAAGAAUACGCGCAUUCCUGUCCUUGGCCACGCCGAGGGCGUCUGUCACAUGUACAUCCACAGUGCGGCCGACGUGAAAAAGGCGAUUGGUCUUGCUAUUGAUGCCAAGACAGACUACCCUGCCGCCUGCAACGCCCUCGAGACGCUGCUGAUUGAUGAGGCGCACGUAACGAGUGGACAGAUCAAGGAGAUUAUGGAAAAGAUGGAGGAAGCGGAGAUCAACCUGCACGUUGCGCCUCACGCCGCCAAGUUGGGUAUCGCCACAGUGAAAUCGCGUCCAACGAAUUUGCUCUCGACGGAGUACGGCACAAAGGACAUGACCAUUGAAGUAGUCAACGGUGUUGACGCUGCGAUUUCGCACAUCAACUUGCAUAGCAGUGGCCACACUGAGUGCAUUGUGACGGAAGAUGUUGCUGCUGCGAAGCAGUUCCAGCAGAUGAUCGACAGCGCAUGCGUCUUCCAUAACGCUAGCACGCGCUUCGCUGAUGGUUACCGCUUCGGAUUGGGCGCUGAGGUCGGCAUCAGCACGGGUCGUAUUCACGCUCGCGGUCCUGUCGGUGUGGAAGGUUUGCUAACAACAAAGUGGAAGCUCGUGUCGGAAAGUGGUCACACUGUGUCGCAGUUUUCAAGCGCGAAGACGGAUCAGCCACUCAAGUUCACGCACAAGAAGCUGGAGCUGAUCCAGCAGGAAGCGAGUGUUGCUCGCCCGCGGAGUAGCCGUCUGUAA